AUGUCAAAAUUGAAGCUUCUUGUGGAAAUCUCCAAAUUCCUCACCAUAAGAAGCACUAGGAGCUGCAGAUCCUUCAUCACUGCUUCUUCAAGACCCUUGCAGAAGAAAGAAAAAGCCGCAGAUAAGACAAUAGAACAAGCGGAAGCAGUUAAAGAAGCAGCAAAAGAAGUGAGGAAGACAUGUGAAUUCGUGAGAGACACUGGCGCAAGUGUGAUCGAUAUGACAAAGAAUGCUACUGACAAAGUAUGUGAAGCAGCUGAGACCAUAACAGAGAAAGCAAAAGGUGCAUGGGGAACAGCAAAAAAUACUACAGACAUUAUCAAGGACAAGAUUAUUGGAAAGUGA